UUAAACUUCUAACAUUCCAGCUUUAGCUCCUGAGGGAACAACAAGUUAUUCAACAGAUCUGAACGCUGCACAGAGUAUUCAUGGAAUUUGUUUCGUUCAGUCGCGACAAACUGCUGGAGAUUUAAUAACAUUUUUACUCAGAAACAAAGAAGAAAAAGAAGAAUGCAGCCCUCUGAGUCACAACCUGAAGCAGGUUCUGGUCCAGCCAUGACCCAGAAGGAGCAGCAAGAGUUCGCGGCCUGCUUGCAGGAGGCCCUCGCUUGGAUGCAGAGCGUCCAGGAGCAGCUUAAAGGCAACGAUAAUACACAGGGGCCCCGAGAUGCCUUGGAGGCUCGACUCAGGGAGACUGAGAAAAUCCAUCAUUCGGAAGAUACAGGUCGGAUGAAAGUGGAACAGGUGUUGAUGGCGGCAGAGAAACUUAUGCAGAGCGAAGAUGAGGAGCUUAAGAACAGCACUAACAGCAAACUGAAGGAGCUGAAGAGCCAGUGGGAGGACACAACCACCUACAUUGUCCAUUGUCACAGCCGGAUCGAGUGGGUGUGGCUCCACUGGAGCGAGUACCUGAAGGCGUACGAGGAGUUUGAGGUGUGGCUCACCAAGCAACGGCGCUCUCUGGACAAGAAUGUGGAGCUACAGCUGGGCCCAAAGGAGAAGCUGUGGCAGCUGGACCAGCACAGGGUGAUGGUGAGCGACGUCGACAGCCAGGUGGCGCUGUUGGAGAGGCUGCUGGACGAGGCAGCCGCACUGCAUGGCAGAACGCAGGACCAGAGCGUUGACAAACAGGCCCAGCAGAGAAUGCAAGAGGACUAUAACAACAUCCGGGAUCGAGCCAGGGAGCGGCUGAUGCUGCUGCAGAAGAUCAGCGAUGAGCACCAGACGUUUCAAAGCCGUGUUCAGAAGUUUGAAUCCUGGCUGGUAUCUAAAACCAGAGAGCUGACCGAGCUGAUGCAGCUGAAGGAAACCCCUGAGAACAAGCUGAAAGCAUUAAAGACUCUGGAUGAAAGCGUGGCAUCUGAGGAGACCACCCUGCAGCAGAUUCAAAACAUGGCAGACGCUGUGAGAGCCAACACGUCUCCUGCAGGAGCAGUAGCUGUGCAGGAGGAGGCAGAGGAGCUGCGGCUGGGAUGGCAACGUCUACGACAGGGUCUCUGUGAGGCUGAGGAGGGUCUGCGCUGCAGCUUGGACUCCCAUAGUCAGUACCUGACCCGGUGCCGGCGGCUGGGAGAUGAGAUAGGGCGGAUCAGGGAGCUGCUGCAAGACCUGGACCAGGAGCUGGAGGAAACGCAGGAGUCCAAACGCAGUUCCGAGAUCAACGAAGAGCAGAUGGAAGGACAGUGGAGGAAAUACUCAGGUGUGUGGAACACUCUGGCUGGGAAAGAGUCUCAGGUGGAGCUGCUGAAGGCUCAACUAAAGGAGCUCUUCAGGUUCUCUGAGGACUCUCGUCAUCUUUCAGACGACGUCUUGGCUGUUGUUAAAGAACAUCACAGUGUGAAGUGCCGAGCUUCCAGACUCUGUUCGGAAUCAGAGCUGGAGCUGAGGAGCAUCCUCCAGGACCCCCUGCUGAACUACUGUCACUGGUCCAAUUCCGUCUCCCAGGUGAUGGAGGCCUCCAACAAUGUCAGCGACUUCUCCGACUCCGCCACGCUGCUGCGCAGGAUCGAGGGUCUCCUGCUGAACAGCGCCGAGCUGCAGGAGCGUCUGGGCCUGCUGCAGGUGAAAGGAGACCUGCUGGAUUCAGUGUUCGGUCCUGAGAGGUCUGACAGCCUCCGCGUUGACCUGAACACUGCCAUCAGGAACAGAGAGCUGCUGCACCAUCAGCUGCUGGAGAGGAAGAACAGACUGCAGAAUUUAAUCUCCCGAACCAAAGACUUUGACAAAGAGUACCAGCUGACCCUUGCCAAGUUGUCGGCGUUCAGGGAGCGACUGCAGGCUGCUGAUGUUCUCCAACCAGACAUCCUGGCCAAAAAAAGCCAGCUGGACCAGAUGUUGGUUCUCCAGAAAGAGCUGGAGGACGGUAAGGCCCAGCUGAUGGUUCUGGAAACUCUGAUUUCAUCCAGCCAGGGCAGCAGGACUCAGUAUGAGAAGCUGUGUGUCGAUUGGACCGAGCUUCUGAGGAGAGUAACGGUCAAAGUUCAGGACUGUAAGGAUAUCGUUUCUGGCCAUGAAAGUUUUGACUAUGAGUUUCGGAACAUGGAGGAGUGGAUGCUGAGGCAGAAGCCGGAGUCGUUCCAAAGUGUGAAAGGUCGCCACACUGAAGCCGAGAGACUUCUAGGAGAGUUUACUGAGAACGAGCUGCAGUUGCAACAGAUAGAGGCUCAGAGUGAGAAUGUUCUAAGGAGAACAUCAAAGGAUGGGCAGGUCCACAUCCUGAAGGACAUGGAGCGGCUCAAGGAACGCUGGUUUAACCUGCAAAGAUUGAGCCAGACUCUGAUAAGGCUGCUGGAAAGCUCCUCGGAGACUCGCUUUGGAUCAGCAGAGAGCAGUGGACAGUCUGAAAGUUUCAAUCCAAACACCAAGACUGGCUCUAAGGCAGCAGAAAUGGAUCUUUCUGGUCAUGGCCGUUCAGGCAGCAGAGGAUUCAACAAAUUCGACUGGAGUCAGUUUGAGGCCUGGUUGAGCAGGGAGAACGAAGUUCUGAUGAAGAUAAUCGGAACCAACAAGAGGGCCUUUACUGCCGAGGAGGUGCAAACCAGACGGGGAGCCCUGCAGGCUCUGAGAUCCAGACUGCCUGAGGGUGAGCAGAUGUUUCAGCUGCUGGUCGAUCAGCAUCUAAGCACUAAGAGUGAAGAUGAAACUCUGGAGGACCUUCGAUAUCGUUGGAUGCUCUAUAAAUCCAAGCUGCGGGAGGCAGAGAGCUACCUUGUGAUGCAGAGAGAUCAAGAGGGUGUGAAUGGGGCAGUCUCUGAAACAAGAACAGAAAAGAAACCCUGGCUGCUGUGGAGGAUUUGUCGUUUGGCAUUUCUUUUGUGGCUCCUCUUCCUCGCUCUGCUGCUCCUCGCCUUCCUGCUGCCGCUCAUGGACGACGGAAACAGUUGCUCACUCUCCAACAACUUUGCCCGAUCCUUCAGCGUCAUGCUGCGCUACGACGGGCCUCCUCCUACAUAAGAACCAGAGCAGGGAUGGGGGUCUUACAGCAGCUUUGAAUAAAUAAUCCAAGGUCCAGCUGGAGAACCUUAUCUUUACUCUGCACGGACUUCCUGCAGCCUUUUACGGUUUACUCUACUACCAACCUUAUCCAGCUUACGGUUUUUCAGCAUGGUAACUCUGUCAGCAUGGCCAGGCCCAUCACACCUCACCUGCCCACAGGUGGUCAUGCUGAGGAGGCUAUAAAGGCUUCAGUACCAUCACAUCCAGGGUGAAGGAGCUCAGCUUCAUUCGGUUCAGGGCAGCAAAAUGUCAAUCAUGUGAAAACCUUGUGCAACAAGGUUUAACAUAAGAUGAAGUUUUAGCUAUUUUUAGUCUGGUUUACAGUCACUGUAACAGCAGAAGGUGUUAUUUUUCUCUGUUAUGUAUUUAUCGUGUUUUUGAUUAGGUUAAAAUAAAAAUUCUGACCUGCAA